CGGUUAAUGCUAACCUCAAAACCUUAAAACACGAAGUGGAUUCGUUUGAAAACGUUUUCGGCAGUAUACUCUAACCCCUCAGUGAAGCGAAAAAAUCGCAGAGAGGACAGAGAAAUUAUUAUUUUCGUCAAAUCAUUUCAGUAAUUGAAUAAUUUCAUCAUGGCCGAAGAGAUCAACCCGAAAGCAUAUCCUUUAGCGGAUCCUACGUUAACAACGAAAAUAUUGAACUUAGUUCAGCAAGCUAUGAAUUACAAGCAAUUAAGAAAAGGGGCUAACGAAGUUACAAAAACUCUCAAUCGAGGUAUAGCAGAAUUCAUUGUGAUGGCCGCUGAUGCAGAACCUUUAGAGAUUUUGUUGCAUUUACCGUUGUUAUGCGAAGAUAAGAAUGUUCCAUAUGUUUUUGUUCGUUCCAAACAAGCUUUGGGUAGAGCUUGUGGAGUUUCAAGGUCUGUUAUUUCUUGCAGCGUUACCAUCAAUGAGGGUUCUCAAUUGAAACCUCAAAUCCAGACGAUUCAGCAAGAAAUUGAACGCCUAUUAGUUUAAGAUUUAAAGUACAAAUGAUUUUUUUAUUUGUAAUUUUUUUAAUAAAAUACUUUGUAGCUUAAGAGUCGCAAUAAAAUUAUUUCUAUGAACAAAUUAAUUGAUUGAAGGUGAAAUUGAUAUAAAAUGUAUAAAAAUAAAACCAUUUGAACAUUAGAUUGAAAAUUUAUUGGGUAAAAACAAUGAAAUUAUAAUAAAUCAACAAUAAAAUGUACAACUUGAAUUAUAUUAUUCAAUGG